AUGCCUGUGAUUCUAGGGGAGGUCAGCAUUCUCACCACCCCACUCUCAGGGGUCCGCAUCUGCGCUCUUGUCUCAGGAUGCCUCACCUUCAGCCUGGUGGCUUCCGGGAAUCUUCUGGAAAAGGCCCACCUCACACCCUUCGGCACCUUCGGCACCUUCUGCAUGUUCACCUGGUGCUUCUUCUUCACCCUCAGCCUCCUCAUCCUCGCCAUCACCUACAUUCAGUUCCACAGCCUGCUCCCGCUCUCCUGGAAGAACCUGACGGUGACGGUGUCCGCCCUGGCCACGCUCAUGGUCUUCACCGCCUCGCUGGCUUUCCCGUGCCUGGUGUUAGGCAAGGACGAAGCCAAGGAGCCUCGUGCCGUCGCAGCCACCGUCUUCUCGAGUCUGACCUUCUUGGCCUACACCACAGAGACCUACCUCACCCGCCGAGAACAAGAACAGAGGGGGUAUAUGGCCAGCAUACCCGGCUUACUUAAAGUACUUCAGGUCUUUGGAAGCAGCAUGGCUCUGCUCCUGGUCAAAUACCAGGCGGUUCAUGGGAGCCCCGGCGGGCGGGUUUGGGGCUCUGGGGUGAUAUACGGCAUCUGCCUGGUGGCCUCUUUGGGCACAGUGGUAGUGAUGGUGGGGGACUGCGCUGGGCGUUGCCCCCUCCCGUUCGGCCGCGUUUUGGCCGCGUUGAGUGUGCUGGGAGUCCUGCUCUACAUGGUGGCUGCGGUCAUGAGCUCGACUGCGGCACUGAUCCCGCAGAGCGCGAAGAAGCCCGAGGAAAAUCUCAUCAUCAUCAUCAUCUUGGAGAUGUCCUUUGCGUGCACGACCCUGCUCGCGUACACAGUCGACCUGGCCUUCUCAGUCAAACUCUUGUGUGACAGAAAUUGA